UGUCCGUGAGCCCACCGCGGACCAGGCUGCGCUGGUUAGAGAUGGCGUCCCUUUUGCAGCCAGAUAGAGUUAUUUAUCUGGUUCGCGGAGAGAAAAGGAUCAGAACCCCUUUAUCGCAACUUUAUUUCUGUCGCUACUGUAGUGAGCUACGGUCUCUGGAAUGUGUGUCUCACGAGGUGGACUCCCAUUAUUGUCCAAGCUGUCUGGAGAACAUGCCAUCUGCAGAGGCUAAGCUUAAAAAGAACAGGUGUGCAAACUGUUUUGACUGCCCAUGUUGCAUGCACACACUGUCUACUCGGGCCACCAACAUCCCAGCUCCUCUGCCUGAUGAUCCCACCAAGACGGCCAUGAAGAAGGCCUACUACCUGGCCUGCGGCUUCUGUCGCUGGACCUCCAGGGAUGUGGGAAUGGCUGACAAAUCAGUUGCCAGCGGUGGAUGGCAGGAGCCAGAGAACCCUCAUACUCAGCGGAUCAACAAGCUGAUCGAGUAUUACCAGCAGCUGGCCCACAGAGAGAAGCAGGAGAGAGACAGGAAGAAGCUGGCCAGGAGACGACAGUGCAUGCCUCUGGCAUUCUCGGAAAAAUAUGGCCUUGGAACCAGACUGCAGAGGCAGAGGCCUGGAGCCCCCAUAUCAAAUCUGGCUGGCCUUUCCCUUAAAGAGGGUGAGGACCAGAAGGAGAUCACCAUCGAACCUGCCCAGGCCCUUGAUGAAAUGGAACCCCUGCCUGAAGAUUGUUAUACCGGGCCUGUCAGUUUACCAGAGGUGACCACGCUGCGCCAGCGGCUUCUGCAGCCUGACUUCCAGCCUGCGGGGGCAUCUCAGCUCCACCCCAGACACAAACACCUUCUGAUGAAGCGCUCCCUGCGCUGCAGGAAAUGUGAGCACAACUUGAGCAAGCCUGAGUUUAAUCCCACUUCAAUCAAGUUUAAAAUUCAGCUGGUGGCUGUGAGUUACAUCCCAGAAGUGAGAAUUAUGUCCAUUCCAAAUCUCCGGUACAUGAAGGAGAGCCAAGUGCUGCUGACCCUGACCAACCCGGUGGAGAACGUCACCCACGUCACAUUGGCUUCUUGUGACGAGGAAGAUCCUGAUGACAUCAACAGCACUGCCAAGGUUAUAGUACCCAGCAAGGAACUGGUCUUGGCAGGAAAGGAUGCUGCCGCUGAGUAUGAUGAACUGGCUGAACCCCAGGACUUCCAGGAUGACCCUGAUGUUGUUGCCUUCAGGAAAUCCAACAAGAUUGGUUUCUUCAUCAAAGUGAUCCCUCAGAAAGAAGAGGACACCGACGUCACCGUUUCAUUUAAGAUCCGACAUGACUUCCGGAACCUCGCAGCUCCUGUCAGGCCGAGCGAGGAGGCAGCUGACACCACCGCUGAGGCCAUUUGGCUCACGCACCAUGUAGAGCUGAGGCUGGGACCGCUUGCUCCCUGAACAUGAAUACUCUGGUUACCAUCAGACAGCCCUAGUGUUGGGUUCUUUGACCUAAUUUCUUUAAACUGUGGGAUUCAUUUCAUUUAUAAAUCAUUUCUGAUUCUGCUUAUUGACGUCCAUUUGAGAUCUACUUGGCAUACAGAGUUAAUUUUGUUUGUUGUUGUUGAAGUUGCUUAAUCAAAUACAUUGUGGAACAUACAGUGAUUGCAUGAUAGGAAAGUUUAUAAACUAAAUGAAACCAUGGCUGACUGCAGACUAACUGAUAAGUUUAACUUCACUUAAUGCUCUUUUAUUUAUUUAUAUAUAUUUUUUAAUGUUGCUAAAUGCAGUACCCAUAUAUAUCACGAUUUACUGUAUUCCACCACAUCAUCCCCCUCGGUUUACACUAUACCAUCUAUCAUUAAAAAGCACUAUUAGUGUGAGGUUACUUGCAGAACCAU